ACGGUUUCCUGUCGCCAUCUUUAGCCGGAUUCACACAGUUAAACAAGAAAACUCCCUUGUCUUGCUGUCUUCAGUAAUGUAACUCUUUUUAAUUAAUUAGCAUGUUUUAAGACCAAGUAAAAAGAUUCGUGCCUUUAUAACUGACAUGUUCAGGGUCGUCUGGUAGUUAAAGGAGUCUUUAUUUUUCUGUUAUGGACCCUCUCAACCAGGUCGAUGGCAUGCACCUCCAGCGAUCUCGUUCCUCAGUUUUAGAUCUGUCAGUUGGUUGCAGACAGAGGCCUUUAAAGACAAACUCUACAGAGGCUUUGGAUCUAGUCAAAAAGUCCAGCUGGUGUGGCAUUACUUCAGGGUGCAACAAUAAGUCCAUUAACUUAUCUGAAUCUCGGUCGGAUAGGUACAUUACAUGCAAUCCAAAUGCACCUGAUCACCCAGAACCAGCAUCACAACGUCAUGGGUCAAUGGCUUCUUCCCCUGAUAUUUACUCUUUACCUUUAACAGACAUUGAUGGACAGCAAUAUAUGUACCCACCCACAGACUGUGUGUUUGCGGAUGAUGAUUGCCGUGUGGAAACAGAUCGCGUGUUGACGCAAGCCAAAGCACUUUGCAGGAAAGCAGAUUCCAUUUUGGAAAAUGGCACAGUUGGAGAUAGGAUACAACACAAUGGAUUAGAGACACACACACAAGAAACUUUGAGCAGUUAUGGUGAAUCAUAUUUAAAUGACACACUGUCACAAACUAAGGGCUCAUCACGUUUAUCUCAGGACACCAAUGCCGCCGCAUACACGCUGCGUUCCAGCAGAUCGGCUGUGGAGCAUACGCCGGUUGAAACACUUAAAUCUGAAUGUACUGCCGCUAAAGAACUGUCUACAUGCUCAAUUGAAAUUAUUUCUAGUGAUGAUGACAGUGACAUCAUUGAGGUGCCGAUAACCAAUUAUAAGUGCAAGACACCUCCAAACUGUCGCUCUCAAUUUAGGGAUGUUAAAGUUGAGAUAAAUCAUGGAAAUCAAAGGACUGCCUCCGCAAGACAAAAAGAUGCUUGUAAUCGUCAAAUGGGCUGCUCUCCCAAAAAUGUGAACAAUGAACCGGAUAGACCCAAAUUUAAAAUGGGAUCAGAAUCCAGAUCGCUGUUGUCAUGGAUGGAAUCGGUCAUGAUACCAAUCAUCCCGCAGGAUAGCGAUCAAGACAUGGACUCAGCUUUUUCCAAACUCCUUCCAUCUACCUCGAAUGCAGAAAACACAAGCAUCUUGAAGUCCCCACCGAUUGGCUCAUCGUCCUCAACAUCCAGACAACCAAGGAAGUCCUCUGCCUCAAAAAGCAGAAAAAGAUCCAAACCAAGGCCCAAACAAAAGAAACCACGCAAGCGGUUGAGAGUUUCAUCAGCCACGAACACACCCAAAAAAACACGCAGAAAACCUUGCUCAUCUCGACCUACAUCAAUGUUUUCUCCUCAAGAGCCAGAGAUCAAACUUAAAUAUGUGAACCACAAAGAGGACAAGAGAGAUGCCAAAGUGGAUGGCUUUGCCCCCUACAUUCACAUGGAAUUCUCAUCCUGCACAGUUGUCAAUUUUAGAAAAGAGGAUGAUUUUGCAACAAAGAAGGAACAGCAGCAGCCAGUUUCUGGGGUUAUUCCAAGUACUUCUUGUUUGCAACUGGGGCGCGUUAGCUCGGAUGACAGAUUUCAGGUCAGGCAUUUUUGCUGCCUGUGCGGGAGGGCUGCCAAUGAGGAAGGUCUUGGGGAUUUACAUGGACCUUAUCACCCCAGUGGAGUUCAGCCCAUCUGUAAGGACAACACCAGCCCAUUUGGUCGGAGACGAGACCCAGAGUACAGUGACAUAGACUCUGUCUACAGUUUAGAGGAUGGUGUACCUCAGUUAAUCAAACAGACAGGUCAUUUGUUAGUUUCACCUAAACGGCAAAAGAAAGAGAACUCUGUAGAGAAGGUUGAAGAUUCUGGUGCUUAUAGUGGACGCUGGAUACAUGAGGACUGUAGUAUUUGGACUUCAGCGGUCUUUUUGGUUAAAGGAAAACUCUAUGGAUUAGAGGAAGCCAUCCGGCUUGCGCAAGGAAUGGUGUGUUCACACUGUCACAGAGCUGGUGCCACACUGGGAUGUUUCUUCAAAGAUUGCCCAAAUAAGUACCACUUUCCCUGCACCCUGAAGUCAGACGGUGCCCUGUGUGAGGAAAACUUCACAAUUAGAUGCCCUAAGCACAAGAAUAAAUCCUCCAGAUUAAGUGUCAGCAGGCUGAAGAACAGAUGAUGUGAUGUUUGAAGGACACUUACUGGUGAUUCUUCACAUUUAAACACUGGAAAAAGAUGACAACACAUAGGUGGGUGAUUCUCACGAAAACUUGGUUUUAAAAAUGUCAAGCAUGAAAAAUUAAAAAUUGCUUAAAUUUACUUUUUUUCCCACCAGACAUUGAAAAACAAAGUCUGGAGUAAAUGGGAACAUUAAUUUAAACACUUUUACCUAUCAUUUAACACUUUUUGUAACAUAAUUUAAAAAAUUAGUCCUAAAAAAUCUCAUUACCGCAUCAGUCAGAAAACAUCAACACUGACAUAUUUUCAAAAUGACAUGACAAACCUGAAAGAACAUAAUUUGGAGAUUCUGCACAUGCAUUUAAAAUCAAAGUAUUAUGCUUCUAUUAAUUAAAUUAACAUUUAAUAAGCAUUGCGGUAAUGAUAAUCAAAAUGUCGUGUAAGCAUUCUGACAAGACAAUAUUUCAAAUUAACUGUAAAAAAAAUGAUCUUACCUGGUAGCCAUCUUGAACUAACUGGUCCAUGUGCUUGGUCACUCAAAAUCAAACUUUAUUAAAAUUCUGUAUGUGUGCUUAAACUGUUCUCAAAAAGUGUUGCGGAGGAUGAGAACAUCAGGCAUGGACACAUCAUUUUCCUAAUUUUUCUUCAUUAUUAUUAUACAUUAAUAUUCAGUAAAUAUUUUUUCUGUCAUCUAAAGUAGUCUAGCAAAACAUCCAUUUAUUUUUUUUCUAAAUAUUUUUGUGUUAAUUUGAUUAAAUUACAACAUAACGCAUGUUCAAACACAGCCAGACACAUUGCGGUAAUGAGAAUUUCAGCAGAAAAUGAGAUAAAAUUGACAAAUUAUAAAUUCUUAUGUUGAAAUCACACAUUGUGCAAGGUAGAACACAGUAUUGUGUUAAUUCUGAUGCUUUUUAAUAUUACUAUAUUACACAUUUUAUAUCUAAAAUCAUUAGUGCCGUGGUGUUUCAAUGGUUUCGUGAG